AUGGGGAAGAGGAAAAGGGGGAUGGGGAGGAGGUGGGGAGGGGAAUGGGAAGAGGUAUUGGGAGGAAUGGGGAAGGGGGAUAUGGAGGAAGAGAAUGGAGAAGGGGGAUGGGGAGGAGGUGGAGGAGGAGAAUGGGAAGGGGGAUGGGGAGGAGGUGGGGGAAUGGGGAAGGGGGAUGGGGAGGAGGAGAAUGAGGAAGGGGGUGGGGAGGAGGUAGGGGGAAUGCUGAAGGGGGGAUGGGGAGGAGGUGGUGGGAAUGGGAAAGGGGGGUGGGGAGGAGGUACGGGGAAUGGGGAAGGGGGAGGAGGUGGUGGGAACGGGAAGGGGUAUGGGGAGGAGGAGAAUGGGGAAGGGGGGAUGGGGAGGAGGUAG